AUGGAUUGGGUCGUACUCCUUCGGAAAGGAGCUUUAUAUGCAGAAUUUUAUGGCAAUUCUUCUGAUGCAGUAGAUUUGGCAAUUUUCUCAAGGGAAGCAAUGAUAAAGAUUGGCGGCGCGGAUUCCGAGGCAUAUCUCAAUGGCACUGCGCGGCUAGGAUACAUAUACCGAGUGAAUGGGCAGUUGAAGGAAGCAGAAAAGCUCCAAGCACAAGUUCUAGAGACUCAAAGAGCGAGACUCGGUACAGAACACCCUGACACCCUGGCCAGCAUGAGCAGUCUGGCAGUGACAUUCUGUGUUCAGGGUCGGUUGGAAGAAUCAGAGCAGCUCCAAGCGCAGGUUCUAGAGACUCGAAGAACGAGACUCAGUAUAGACCACCCUGAUACUCUGCAAAGUAUGCGCGAUCUGGCAAUAACCUUCUAUGAACAGGGUCGGUUCGAAGAAUCAGAACAACUCGAAGCGCAGGUUCUAAAGACUCGAAGAGCAAUACUCAGUGUGGACCACCCUGACAUCCUGAAAAGUAUGGGCGACCUGGCAAGAACAUUCGGGAAACAAGGCCAGUGGAGUGAAGCAGAGCAACUCCAAACCCAGGUUCUAGAAAUUCAAAGAACGAGACUCGGUGUGGACCACCCUGACACCCUGAAAAGUAUGGGCGACCUGGCAAGAACAUUCGGGAAACAGGGCCGGCGGGGAGAAGCAGAGCAACUCCAAGCACAAGCUCUAGAGACUCAAAGAACGACAUUCGGUACAGAAUACCCUGACACCCUGGAUAGUAUGGACAGUCUGGCAAGGAUAUUCCAUAGUCAGGGUCGGCAGAGAGAAUCACAACAACUCGAAGCGCAGGUUCUAGAGAACCGAAGAAUAACACUCGGUAUAGACCACCCUGAUACUCUGCAAAGUUUGCGCGAUCGAGCAAUUACAUUCUCUGAACAGGAUCGGUGGGAAGAAGCAGAGCAACUCCAAACCCAGGUUCUAGGAAUUCAAAGAACGAGACUCGGUGUGGACCACCCUGAUACCCUAAGGUGUAUGACAAUUUUGGCAAUGAUAUUCGGGGAACAGAGUCGGUUGGGAGAAGCAGAACAGCUCCAAGCACAAGUUCUAGAGGCUCAAAGAACGAGACUCGGUACAGAACACCCUGACACCCUGGCCAGUAUGUGCGACCUGGCAUCUACAUUCCGGAAACAGGGUCGUUUGGAAGAAGCAGAACAGCUCGAGAUACAUGUGAUGGAUGCUCGCAAAGCAAAUUUGGGCGUCGAUCACCCUGAUACUCUACAGAGCAUGUCCAACGUGGCUUACACCUGGUACUACUCCAUGGGCCAGCACACCCAAGCCAUCGAUCUGCUUCUGGAGUGCGCGGUCAAGCAACGACGAGUGUUGGGCCCAGCCCAUCCUCGCACUCUUUGGAAUUACGAAACACUGCUGGAGUGGGAGUCCGAACAUCUUCAUAUAGAGCCAAGCAGCCGGAGUCGGCGAACGGCGGCGCGGGGGCUUUGGAGACAAUUUCACAGAUUCAUGAAGCGCUCAUGGAUGCGGAUACAGCAGGCCACGGUCACUGGCCAUAUGUUUUCGGGGUGUGCUGUACUCUGUUUUUGUCUCAGUUAUGUGUUGUUAUGCUAUUUGCGAUCGUCAAAUGUUGACGAGUAA